AUGUCUACAUGUACAACGCAGAAGGAAACGAAAGAUUCCCACAAAAAGGCUUCUAGUAUUUGCAUAAAGAUAAUGAUGGAUUAAAUAUACAUAGACAUACUGCCACUGAAAAUUGAUUGUACUCUCAUUAUGAUAGUGAGACAUGUUAGAGAAGAACGUAUAUUGUUGAUAAGGGUAAAAUCACUAUGAAUAAGAAUGCCAAGGAUAAUAGGAAAGAUAGUGGAAGAAAUAGUCUGACUAUUGUUGAUGGAGAAUUCAAAGUUUCAGGGUUCGGUUGCCGUCACCAACAAUGUUUCGUUUUGUUCAUAUGUCUGGCAACUGCAUACAGCAUGAGAGCUUGUAUCGGAGUCGCCCUCGUCGGUAUGAUGGAAGAUGACCCUUAUGAAGAGACACACCAUAACCUCACUCAUAUCAACAAUACAGUUCAUGACCUUGACGAAACGGGUGUAUUUGUAAAUGCUAGUCAAUAUAUUGUAAAUGUCAUAAGCGAUAAUGAAACAGUAUCAAAUGCAACAAUGAUUCAAUACCAAGGAGAUAUUUUGCAUGGGAUGCUUCUUAAGCCACCUUACCCAAAAUUCAGAUGGUCGAAGAAAAUUCAGGACGUGGUGAUAUCUUCAUUCUUUUGGGGUUACAUGUUGUUGCAAAUUCCUGCUGGUCAGUUAGUUCACAAGUUUGGACCUCACCGUCUACUCGUCGGAGCUUUGACCAUCAAUGCACUAGUGUCAUUUUGUUUCCCAUGGGCUUCGUAUUAUGGAGGUUUUAUAUUUGCUUCAAUAUGUAGAUUUGUACAAGGCCUGAGCCAAGCGUGUAUUAUACCUGGCAUGUAUGGAUUCUUUGGACAAUGGACUCCUUUAGAAGAACGAUCUAGACUAGUUGGAUUUGCUAUGGGAGGUCAAGCCAUAGGAACAGUAUUGGGUCUACCACUGACAGGUUUCAUAGCUGCAUCGCCAUUGGGAUGGCCAGGUAUAUUCCGUUUCUUCGGUGUACUAUCAGGACUGGUAGCUCUGCUAGUCUACUUCUUGAUCACUGACACUCCCGCGCAACAUCCUAGAAUAUCCACAGCUGAAAGACGAUACAUUGAAGAAGGACUAGGGUUGAAAUAUGGAGAGAAGCAGAAAAAGCUGCGCGUACCAUGGGUUAAGAUCUUAAAGACGAAGGCUUUGUACGCGAUAAUGGUGGCACAUAUCAGCAACACUUGGGGACAGGUGACCCUCUUCACCGAAAUCCCCUCCUACAUGGACAAGGUUAUGGGUGUGAAUAUCAAGGCGAAUGGUAUGCUAACAGCGCUGCCCUUCUUCGUGAUGUGGUUCACCAACUUCUUCUUCAGCUGGUUGACCGACAUGAUCAUCGUCAAGAAGUGGCUCAGUCUUACAAAUGCUAGGAAACUUGCCAAUACCAUAGGAGGUGUACCGCCGGCAAUAGGUUUGGUAGUUUUGGCCUACGCUCCUAAAGACGUCUACGUCAUUGAGAGUAUCCUGGUGUUUAUCUGCGCCUUCAAGAUUGCUGCUCACGUUGGUUCAAUGGUGACCCACAUCGACAUCACGCCCAACUUCGCUGGCACGACGAUGAGCCUCAGCAACUUCGUCUCCAACCUGGUCGGCUCGCAGGCGCCCCUCGCCGCUGGAUUCUUGUUGACUGACGUGACAAGCGAAUACCAAUGGAGGAAGGUAUUCUUCGUGUCCGCCGGGCUAUACUUCUUCACCAACCUCGUCUAUGUAAUUUUCGGGACCGCCGAACGCGCUCCGUGGAAUGACCCUGAGGAAGACCGGGAUGACCAGGACCCUGAAGCCAAACCCAUGGUCGAUAAGAAGAAUAAUGGCGUCAAUAAUGAAACCGUCCGCAAAGAUAGCUGAGUUUUAGUAACAAGUAUUGAAGGAGUUAGUAUAAAGUUAUUAUGAAUAAAAAAAUA